UCGUCGUCGUCGCGCGUUGUUAUCGUGGGUGGGUGGUUGGUUGGUUGGUGAACUGACCUCAACCUUCGCCGCCAGCAAGCACUUACCAGUGACGGUGGCAAUUACACUAUAACUAGCCAGCAGCGGGAAGGUUGAAAGCUCUUUUCGUCAAUCGAUAAAAGUGGCUCGACCGGGUCGGACGUUUUGUGGCAAACAACGAAUGACGAGGAUAUCAAAAUUUUGCCAGUAAUAGUGUUUACUUUUUCUUGAUGGAGAAACGAGAUAGAUGGAUGAAUGUGUCAACAACUGAAUGAGUGACGACGAGACGGAUAGGUAUAGUCUACUGCGAUAAACCGAUUUUGGCACAGUUUGUCAUCGAUUGAUUCACGAAACUGUGAUAGUAGAUUUUAGUAGGUAGGUUGGUGGGGUGUUAGUGAUUCAGCAGAAACGUGCCCUGUGUCAGAGUAACGAAUGUCAGUGGCGGGCGACGCAACGCAUCUCUUAUCAUUCAUUUACGAUUCAAGUGGCACUAGAGACUGCUUGACCAACAGUAACGUUUGUGUUGUUCCUCAUGAAUAAUUCAGAGCAAGUACUGCUGCAGUGAAUGUGUCCCGCACGUGCAGUGAUCUAAAUCUUCAGAUGAAAUUGAUUGUACACAAUAUAGUGAGUACAAUAGAGAUAAGAGGAAUUCGCUCCACUCAGAACGUUAACGAUGACUACUAGCAGCUGGGAUAAGUUUUGUUUGUUGCUGUGGAAAAACUGGACCAUUCAGAAGCGGCAUUACAUACAAACUAUAUUCGAAAUUCUCAUACCGGCGCUAUGCUGUUCGAUGUUGAUUCUGGUGCGGGGCUUGGUAGACCCCGAGUUGGUUGUCGAGCCGACUAUUUUCAGACCGAUGGAAGCCGACACGUUUAGUAUGAUGUAUUUGCAAAAUCCACCGAUCAUUCCAAAGAUUGCAUACUCUCCAAAGAACGCCAUACUAGACAGUUUGAUUAAGGACGCCUAUGAAAAUCAUCUUCGCAGUACCACUACAUUUACACAUGAAGGAUACCCGGAUGCUCGUAGCCUAGAGAGCUUGCUUGUACAGCAAAACUAUUACGUCGGCGUCGAAUUCGACGAUGCUUUAGCGAACAUAACAACCCUUCCGGACAGGAUACAUUUCGCCCUACGAUAUCCGGGCGAAACACGCGUUGGACAGUGGAUGUUUUCCAGCUGGCUGACCAACCUGUUGGUGGUUCCCUUCGCACCCGGGGCCAGAAAUCGAAACCUAACUGAUGGAGGAUCACCCAACUAUUACUAUGAAGGAUUUAUAGCUAUGCAGGCGGCACUGUCCAGCGCCAUCGUGGCUACAAAAAAUCCCGACUUUCAAACGCAACGGGUGAUGCUAAGGCGCAUUCCCUACCCUCCGUUCUACGAAGACAAACUGCUCCCGGCCAUGGAACAACUGUUGCCGCUGAUCAUCCUUAUCUCAUUCUUCUACACGUGCAUCAACACAGUAAAGUACAUUACUAUCGAGAAGGAACGCCAGCUGAAGGAGGCGAUGAAAAUCAUGGGGCUAUCGAAUUGGCUUCACUGGACCGCCUGGUUCGUGCGCUGUUUGGUACUUCUCCUGAUCACCAUUUCGUUGGUCACCGUUUUGAUGACGGCUAACCUAACAACCAACACGGAUCUGUCCGUUCUGGAAUACAGUAGCUGGUCAGCUUUGUGGGUAUUCCUGUUAGCAUUUGCGAUCGCCACGAUCUGCUUCUGUUUCAUGAUGAGUGUAUUCUUCAACAAAGCAAACACGGCAGCUGGGAUCGCUGGACUGAUGUGGUUCCUGCUAAUCAUGCCGUUCAACAUCACAGUGCGCGACUACGACGACAUGGCUACCGGAUCGAAGAUAGCUCUCUGUCUGCUAUCCAACACGGCAAUGUCGAUGGGGGUGUUAAACAUUGUACGACUAGAGGGCAACCAGGCGGGACUACAGUGGUUUAAUCUGUUCACUCCGUCAACGAUGAACGACGGAUUAAGCGUUGGAGUUGUGAUCAUCAUGCUACUGGUAGAUGCCCUCAUCUAUCUAGCGAUUGCACUGUACUUUGAGCAGAUUAUGCCUGGGGAGUUUGGAGUAGCAAAACCGUGGUACUUUCUGUUUUCAAGAGAGUUUUGGAUUCGUAACAAAGUAGGUGAUCACUUUCAGAACGGACUCGUGAAGGCCGGUGAAUCGGAAUACAUUCAACCGGAUCCACCGAUGAAACAUGCCGGUAUCAGAAUCAAGCACCUCCGAAAAGUCUACGAUCGGAAGGUGGCCGUCGAUGGACUUGAUCUGAACAUGUAUGAGGACCAGAUUACGGUUCUAUUGGGUCACAAUGGUGCCGGAAAGACGACUACAAUGUCGAUGUUGACGGGAAUGUUUUCACCCAGUUCGGGAACCGCUUUGGUAAACGAUCAUGAUAUCCGCACGGAAAUAGAAGGAGUUCGUCGAUCGCUUGGACUCUGUCCGCAGCAUAAUGUAUUGUUCAGUGAGUUGACGGUUGCUGAACACAUCCGGUUUUUCGCUAAACUGAAAGGAGUAGGCAAAGAUCAAGUGUCCGAUGAAAUUGAGAAGUAUGUAAAUCUGUUGGAGUUGAAGGAUAAAAAGAACGCUCAAUCGCACACUCUAUCGGGUGGUAUGAAAAGGAAGCUUGCCGUUGGAGUCGCGCUCUGCGGUGGGUCCAAGGUGGUGCUGUUGGAUGAGCCGAGCUCUGGAAUGGAUCCAUCGGCGCGAAGAUCGUUGUGGGAGCUGCUGCAGAAGGAGAAAGUUGGAAGAACUGUGCUGCUUUCGACGCAUUUCAUGGAUGAAGCGGAUGUACUAGGCGACAGGAUUGCUAUAAUGGCCGAAGGUUCACUGAGGGCGGUUGGGUCGCCAUUUUUUCUGAAGAAAGCAUUCGGUGUUGGAUAUCGACUGAUUUGCGUGAAAGGUGCGAAUUGUGAUAAGGGUCGACUGUUGGGUGUACUGCGACGAUAUAUACCGGAAGCCGUAUUGGAAACUGAUAUCGGUACGGAAAUAUCUAUUGUGCUGCGGGAAGAAUACAUUGACAAAUUUCAGCCAAUGCUGGAGGAUUUGGAGAACGAUAUGGAAGCUUGUGGUGUGUCCAGCUAUGGGAUCUCGUUGACGACAAUGGAGGAAGUGUUUUUGAGAUCUGGAAGCGAUUUCCAAGCAAAAUCUGACCCAAGUCAAGAUCUUUUCAUAGACACAUCAACCGGUGAAUAUGCACUGGAAAACCUCCAACUGCUACGCGGAACCAGUCUCCUUCUCAACCAAACCAGGGCCCAGUUCAUGAAAAAACUACUAGUAACCAUACGAAGUCUCAUAACCCUAUCCAUGCAAAUUCUGAUCCCGAUAGUGUUCGUUCUAGUCACCUACAUAAUCAUUCUAAACUCAACCGCAGGACGCGAUCUGCCACCGCUGGAAAUCACUCUAGAAUCCUACACAGCAUCCGUUACAGUUCUUGAACAAAACACCACAAGCGACCCGAUUGCUCAAGCUUACCAGCGCCAGUUUAACAACCUCGGCCCAACGCAUCAGUUACUCACCACCAGCGAAGACAUGAACGAUUUCAUCCUUCAAAAGUCCCACGAAUCUAUUUCAACGGUAAACACCCGCUACUGGGUUGCUGCCAGUAUUAACGGAACGGAUUCGACGGCCUGGUUUAACAACAAAGCCUACCAUAGUGCUCCGCUAGCCAUCAACCUUCUGUACAACGCUUACCUUCAGUCAUUUUGUGCUGAUUGCGACAUUCGCGUGACCAACAAACCCCUGCCGUACCGGUUGGAAACGCGUUUUGAACAGCUGGACACCGGUGCCAACUCGGGUUUUCAGCUGGCAUUCAAUACGGGCUUCGCCAUGGCUUUCGUAGCAGCACUGUACAUAAUGUUUUACAUUCGUGAGAGAACUACCCGCGCCAAAUUGCUUCAGUUUGUGAGUGGAGUCAACGUCUGUCUGUUCUGGGCCGUAUCCUUUAUUUGGGAUUAUCUGGUGUUCGUGGUGGUCAGUUUGUUCUAUCUAGCUACGCUUGCAGCAAUACAGGUGGAUGGCUGGUCUACAUUCCUGCAGCUGGCUAGGGUGUUUCUUGUGCUUUUGCUGUUUGGCUUCGCUGUAAUUCCUACGACGUAUCUGUUUUCGUAUCUGUUUGACGUACCUGCGACCGGGUUCGUGAAGAUGAUGCUGUUGAAUGUCCUCUCCGGAACGGUAUGUUUCACCGCCGUUACAUUACUGAAAUUUGAGGGGAUCGAUCUGAAGGAUGUUGCCAAUACAUUGGAGUGGGUGUUUAUGUUUUUCCCGAACUUUGUCCUGAGUCACGCUUUGAACAGUCUGAACCGAGUCGCUAGUACGGAAGGGUUCUGCGAUCGGCAGUGCGAGCUGAUUCCGAUGUGUACGAACGAGCUGAUGUGUUCGUUUGUGCCGCAAUGCUGUCAGCAGGAGGUGUUCGUUUUUGGUGAGGACGGGAUUAACAGGAAUUUAAUUUUUCUGGCAGCGGUUGGAAUCGGAGCGUUCGGUUUGAUAAUGCUUAUUGAGUAUCGGGUGUUGAAGAGGAUUUUCAAUCGACGAACGAAGGAGCAGGAGGAGGUUGUGGAAGAAAUUGAUUCUGAUGUUCGGGCGGAAAAGCUAAAGAUAGCUAACAUGUCUCAGGCUGAAGUAAAUAGCUACAAUUUGGUUCUGAAGGAUUUAUCGAAGUAUUAUAAAAAAUUUAAGGCAGUUAAUAGACUAUCGAUAGGAAUACGGCAUUCGGAAUGUUUUGGUCUACUUGGGAUCAAUGGAGCCGGGAAGACUUCCACGUUCAAGAUGAUGACUGGUGACGAAAGCAUUUCUUCUGGUGAGGCUUGGGUUAGCGGUAUAAGUUUGCUAACAGAAAUGGACCGCGUUCAUCAACAUAUUGGCUACUGUCCGCAAUUUGAUGCGCUAUUGGAGGAUCUUACCGGCCGGGAAACUCUGAAGUUGUUUGCUAUGCUACGUGGUGUGCGAAAUGUCGAGUUGAACAGUGUAUCGAUAACUCUGGCAGAAGAGCUAAAUUUCACGAAACACAUCGACAAGAGAAUUAAGGCGUACAGUGGGGGUAACAAGCGUAAGUUGAGUACUGCAUUGGCACUGAUCGGGAAUCCGGCUGUGGUGUACCUGGAUGAACCUACCACGGGAAUGGACCCUGGGGCUAAGCGGCAGCUGUGGAAUGUGAUAUGUAAAGUUCGGGAGGCAGGAAAAGCGAUCGUUCUAACGUCGCACAGCAUGGAAGAGUGUGAGGCACUGUGUUCGCGGCUGGCCAUUAUGGUCAACGGGGAAUUCAUGUGUCUAGGGUCCACGCAGCAUUUGAAGAACAAAUUUUCGAAAGGAUUUCUGCUAACCACCAAGGUGAAACGAGACUCUCUAGAGGAAUUGCAACGAAGAGUUGAGGGCGUUAAGCUGUUCGUGCAGCAGCAGUUUACCGGAGCAGUAUUGAAGGAGGAAUACCAGGAUUCCUUAAGCUUUCACAUACCACAAACGGACCUUCGAUGGUCCGCAAUGUUCGGUUUGAUGGAAUCCAAUCGGAAGCGGUUGGAGAUUGAGGACUACGCACUGGGGCAGACCUCUUUGGAACAAGUAUUUCUCUAUUUUACCAAAUAUCAACGAGAAAGUGAAUAAAUUUAAAAUUACUGGCUUUUAAACAAUAUAAAAUUGUAUU